UGACCCGGGUUCCAAAGGUGCGGAGGAGCAGAGGAUCAAAAUAAAACCUGGCUCCAUUGACAUCACAGUCCUAGUGCAAAUGCACUUGAAAAACACACCCAGUGCACGCUUUACACCUGGCAACCCUCAAGUCCAGCUGGGCCCACUAUAGGACUCCCUCCCGUCCCUGGCAUGAGGCUGCCGCCUUGAGACCCGGCCUCCCGAGGCUGAGUCAGUUUCCUGCCUUCCACGCCUGUUUGCCACAUCUCCACAGAGCAUGCAGGCGAAAGCAUGGGCGCAUUGCGUUGCAUUGCCUUUUGCAAAGCGAAGGAGUUAAUGGGGCAGGUAGGGACAGGCCUUGCCAAAGGCGGGCCAGCGCAUGUGACUGCAGGGAACCGGCAAAAACAUCCUCCGAGGAAUCCAGCUUUGCGGGAGCAGAAAUCAUUUGAAAAAUUCCAGAAGAACCGGACUUAGCCAAGGAAUCCUCCCUUGAAUCCUCUUCCGAGAAACUUUGGAUUUGGAAAACCACAAAAGAGCAAAAGUCUCUGUUCCAUCUGCUCCGGUUUUUGCUCCAUUCCGGCGUGUUCCGUAAUGUAUUUAUCGCUUUCUUAUGGAGAUUUCGAAAGGAAAAGGUAGAGGCGAAAGCCGACCGUCGGACGGCUGGCGGAAAAGGAUUGCAGAAGGCUGGGGGUUCUGAUGUGAAUUUGUGCAGGGCUUUGGAUACUUCUCUCGGUCGCUUCUCAACUGUGUGCAAAAAUUUGGGGAGAGAGAAAUUAACCUGCGUAAACCCUUUUUUUCCAUCCCAGCUUUGCUUUAUUAUUAUUAUUAUUAUUAUUAACACGGAGAUGAGGUGACAAAUAAAACCGAGAGACUCGUUGCGACAUUUUUUAAGAGCUGGCGGAUUCUGAUUCAUAUUUAUAUUUUGCAAGGACCGAAAGCGUCGACAAGGGAACCGUGAAAGGGCUCAAAUAGAAACCUUACUAGCUGCUAGUUGUUCGACUCAGGGAUACUCUAAAUUAUUACUUUCAACAACUCUCUCCUUUUUUAUUUAUUAUCGGUGGACACUUUUUCUUUGUGUGUGUUAUUAUAUAGAGAUAGAGAUAGAUAUAAAAUAAUAGUAACUAGAGACAGCCAUGGCUUUUUCUCAAGUCCAGUGUUUGGAUGACAGUCAUGUCAACUGGCGGUCCAGCGAAUCCAAACCCGAAUUCUUCUACAGCGAAGAGCAGAGGUUGGCGCUGGAGGCCUUGGUGUCCAAAGGCCCGGAGGCCUACUACGAGGUCCUCAAGAAAGAGAACAUCCGGGACUUUUUGUCCGAGUUGGAGCUCAAAAAGAUCCUGGAUAACCUGGAAACGUAUGACCCCAGUUUGGAAUAUAUUCGCCACGGGGAGGAACGCCUCGACCCCGAUAGCCAAGACAGAGAAGCAGGACUGGUGCCUUCUCUGGAGUAUUGGCCGGAGAAGUCCGACCGAUCCAUCCCGCAACUGGACUUAGGGUGGCCAGAGACCAUCGCUUACCGUGGGGUGACCCGAGCCACCGUCUACAUGCAGCCCCCCAUUGACUACCAACCGCACAUCAAGGAGGUUGUCCGGAAGAUGAUCUUCCAAGCCCAGAAGGUUGUGGCUGUGGUCAUGGACAUGUUCACCGAUGUGGACAUCUUCAAGGACCUCCUGGAUGCUGGCUUCAAGCGGAAAGUGGCCAUCUACAUCAUUGUAGACGAGUCCAACCUGAAAUAUUUCCUCCAGAUGUGCGAGCGAGCCCAGAUGCAUGGCGGGCACCUAAAGAACCUCAGAGUCCGCACGACCGGAGGGACCGAGUUUUUCACCCGCUCAGCCACCAGGUUCAAGGGCGCUUUGGCUCAGAAGUUCAUGUUUGUGGACGGCGACAAAGCCAUGUGUGGAUCCUACAGCUUCACCUGGUCUGCCGCCCGAACCGACCGAAACGUCAUUUCGGUCCUCUCUGGUCAAGUGGUGGAGGCCUUCGACAAGCAGUUUCAGGAAUUGUACCUCUUGUCUCAAGGGGUCAGCUUGAAGUCCAUCCCCAUGGACGAUGAACCCGAACCGGAGCCCCUGACCCUCCCGUCCAUCGUGCCUGUGAACCAAGACAACCAAGCCAUGGCCAAGAAAAUGGUCAACCCCAAAUAUGCCUUGGUCAAGGCAAAGAGUGCUGAGCAGAUUGUAAACGGCAAGGCCAGCAGCGAUAAGAACCUCACCGGACGGCAAAGAGCGGAGGCCAAGGGCAAAGCCAUUCCGGAAGGCCGGGUGUCCGAGCGUCCAAGCGAGGUCCUAGAAAUGGUUCCCCCCAUCCAUCCAGGGCUCUUGAACUUGGAGAAGGCCAACAUGUUUGAUUACUUGCCCACUUGGGUUGAGCCCGACCCGGAACCCGGGAGUGAAAUCUUGGGCUACAUCAACAUCAUCGACCCCAAGAUCAAAAACAUCCAGCUGUCCCAGAUGAACCGGAUCAAGGUAUGCGACGUCUCCCAGGCCAACGCCCAACACAGGCAGAUGCUCAAGCAGAAAGCGCAAGAAACCAAAAAGGGCCAUGGCCACCAUCCCACCCCUGCUUCUCCCCAACGGCCAGAUGACCACAACCCCCCAACCCAAAACCAAGAGGCCCCAACCGAACUUAUAGACAACCCCGCCAAAAAGGAUGGAGGCAAACCGACGAACGGAGAAACCUUUGCUACUUUGGCCAACAGUCAACACUUGAAGCAACACUUGGAAGGCCAAAGCCAAGACCAAACCGACCACAAUGGUGCAACUCCUCCAAUCCCAAAACCAAGGACGGUCCCUGUGACAGACUUGAUCUCCCAAAAAAGCACCAAGGAAGACACAACCAGGGAAGAGGGUCACCAAACGCAGCAACUGGAAAGCAACGGAUCCAACGCGGUCGGCAACGGAGAAGGAAGCCACGUUCCUGGGAACUGUCGCCAAUUGAGCAGACAGGAGGCUGUGUCUGAAGACACGGCGGUCCAUCCGGUCAACGGGGUGCAAGACGAGACGGAAGAAGGAGAAGACGAGGAGGACUUUGCAGUGUUCAGCGGUCAAGGGAGUUUGUCCAGCAGCUCCGCCAACCACAGCUACCUCCACUCUGACACAUCCUCUGUCUCAGAUGAGUAUUUCGAGGCGAGAGAUCACUCUGGACUUCUGCGGAGGACCAAUUCGGACUUACUCCUCAAUGGAGGCCUGGACCACCACCGGCCUCCUUUGCAGAGGAAGUUAAGUGAGCCCCAAAUGAGUCGGGGGACCUUUGUCAGUCCUCUUGGUGGCCCUCAGCCCCUCUUGAACUUGACUCUGGAAGAAGCCCGGCAGAGAAGGCGGAAGAGCGACGGCGUGGAGGAGUUGAGGUGCGUUUUGGGAAGGGGACGUAACCUGCAUGCUUUACCCGACGGCUUCAAUACCUGUCUGAGCAAUGCUCCACAGGGACCACAGUUGUUCUGCUACGGAUCCAGGCUGCAAAUGUCCCCAAGGAGAGGAAAAAGCGGGACUUCAGAAGGGAAAAGCCCAGAAGAUAGCAAAUUCCAACGGGCCAAAAACCUCGCCCCAAACCCAGCUGGCCAGCCGUACUGGCAAAGCAAAACCUUCGCUUCCAGCAAAAACUCCCAACCGCGCCGUUUCACUCAAGGAUUCGGAACAGAGACCCAGUCGCCAACCACCAGUAAUGCCCUCUUCCCAUUCCAAGAAAGCCAAAGGUCACCGGAAGAAAUAAAGACCCCCUUGGGCAUCCCUUUAUCCAAACUCUCAGAGUCCAAACACCUAAAAAACAAGGCAAGCCAAUGGUCCAGCGCCAAACGGCGACCCCAGGGCUCCACCAGCCGCAAGGAUCAAUGAAGAGCCAUGAGAGCGACGUCUCCGUUGGGACUUUUGGCUGCUUUUAAGAGAAACCCCUUUGCUUCGGAAAGCCAUGGAAAGGAGGUCAUUGUGCAUUAGCCGAAUGGGGAUUUGGGGUCGGCUGCAAAGUUUCCUUUUACCUGGU